AUGACGCCCUCUUCUUCUGUGCGCCGGGAGAGCUCUUCGGCCCCCGUGGGUGCCGAGCGGCCCUGGCAGCAGCUCGACCCCGGGGCUGAGCUGUCGGACGGCGGGCCGGUGCUGAAAGGCGGCUGCGGCACCGUCGGAACCGGGCUGCACCGGCAAGCCACGGCGCGCCACCCCUGCGCACUGCAGGAGCCGCGGCCUGUGCUGCCCGCGGGCUGUGGCCACGGCUCUCCAGCUCCCGGCCCUGUGCCGCGGCUGGGGAACACGGGCGGGAGGAUCCUGCUGGGCGGCUGGAGGGGGGCUGUGCGAGUGGAGGGCGGGCCUGCGGGGGCCCCGGGUCCGGGGCGCCACUCGCAGCCCGCCGAGUGCUCGUCCGAGCCGGGCCGCGGAGGCAGGCGCGCCCGCGGCGGACACGGCGGGCCUCCCCCGGAGCGAGCUUGCGCGGGAUCGCCCCUGCUGGGUGGCAUCCUGACCGCGAGAGCGGGGCCCGGCGGCGCCCCCGCAGAGGUUGCUCCUGGGUCAGCGCGCUUCGGGGGUGACGCGCAGCCUCCCCCCCCACCCCGCCCGGCCUGCAAUUUUGCUGGGUUGCUGCGCGCCCUGGACUCCUGGCGUGCACGCCUGGCGCAGCCAGCCUGCUUCCACGAGCCGCCUGUGAGAUUCCUGUUUCCAGAAGAGCACGACUGGAACGUGACGUGGUACACGCAGCGCCCCGAUUUCACCACCUGCUUUCAGAAUACCGUCCUCAUCUGGAUCCCCUGCGUUUUCCUCUGGGCUUGCUUCCCCGUCUACUUCGUGUACCUCCGCCGCCAUGACCGCGGUUACAUCCGGAUGUCGCACCUCAACAAAGCCAAAACAGCCUUGGGCUUCUUGCUGUGGAUCGUCUGCUGGGCAGACCUGUUCUACUCUUUCUGGGAAAGAAAUCACAACAUCUUCCGAGCUCCGGUUUUUUUAGUCAGCCCUACCAUUUUGGGCAUAACCAUGUUGCUUGCCACGUUUUUGAUACAGUACGAGAGGAUGAGAGGCGUGCAGUCCUCGGGGGUUCUGCUCCUCUUCUGGCUCCUCGCGCUUCUGUGUGCCACCGUCACUUUCAGAUCCAAAAUCAUGCAGGCCUCGCUUGCGGGUGCCGCUGUGGAUAUAUUCCGCUAUGUCACCUUCUCCAUCUACUUCACUUUGGUGCUAAUAGAGCUCAUCCUGUCCUGUCUCCCGGAGCGCCCACCCUUGUUUUCAGAAACAGUUCACGACCCCAACCCCUGCCCGGAGUCCAGCGCUUCUUUUCUGUCCAAGAUCACUUUCUGGUGGAUCACAGGGCUACUGGUUCGGGGGUACCGGAAGCCGCUGGAGCUCAAAGAUCUGUGGUCGCUGAACAAGGAAGACAUGUCGGAAGAGGUGGUGCCCGGGUUGGCCCGGAACUGGGCGAAGGAGUACACUAAGGCAAAGAGGCUGUCGACGCCGAUAGCGUACUCUCCGAAGAAGCCGGCGAAACUGAGUGGCUCAAACGGGGACGUGACGGAAGAGGCCGAAGCCCUCAUUAUCGAGCCUUCCCAGAGAGACAAGGAGCCGUCCCUCUUUAAGGUGCUGUACAAGACCUUUGGGCCGUACUUCUUCAUGAGCUUCCUGUUUAAGGCCUUCCAUGAUCUGAUGAUGUUUGCUGGACCUGAAAUCUUGAAGCUGCUCAUUAACUUUGUCAACGACAAGGAUGCGCCCAGCUGGCAGGGCUACCUGUACACGGCACUGCUGUUCGUCUCGGCUGGCCUGCAGACGCUGGUGCUGCACCAGUACUUCCACAUCUGCUUCGUGACGGGCAUGAGGCUGAAAACGGCCGUGAUCGGCGCCGUCUAUCGGAAGGCCUUGGUCAUCACAAACUCAGCAAGGAAGACGUCGACCGUGGGGGAGAUCGUCAACCUGAUGUCGGUGGAUGCCCAGCGGUUCAUGGACCUGGCAACCUACAUCAACAUGAUCUGGUCCGCCCCUCUUCAAGUUGUGCUGGCGCUGUACUUGCUGUGGCAGAAUUUGGGUCCCUCCGUGCUGGCAGGCGUGGCCGUCAUGUUGCUGCUCGUGCCGGUGAAUGCCGUGAUAGCGAUGAAAACAAAAACCUAUCAGGUCGCUCACAUGAAUAGUAAAGACAACAGGAUUAAGCUGAUGAAUGAAAUUCUCAACGGCAUCAAAGUGCUGAAACUCUACGCCUGGGAGCUGGCCUUCAAGGAGAAGGUCCUGGGCAUCAGGCAGCAGGAGCUGAAGGUGCUGAAGAAGUCCGCAUACCUCUCUGCCGUGGGCACGUUCACGUGGGUUUGCGCGCCAUUCCUGGUGGCCCUGUCGACCUUCGCCGUCUACGUGACCGUCUCGGAGAAGAAUGUCCUGGACGCGCAGAAGGCGUUCGUGUCCCUGGCCCUGUUCAACAUCCUCCGCUUCCCGCUGAACAUCCUCCCCAUGGUCAUCAGCAGCAUGGUGCAGGCCAGCGUGUCCCUGAAGCGCCUCCGCGUGUUCCUGUCGCAUGAAGAGCUCGAUCCGGACAGCAUUGUCAGGAGUUCCAUCCGAGACGCCGACGGCAACAGCAUCACCGUGCGGAACGCGACCUUCAGCUGGUCGAGAGAGGACCCUCCGUGCUUGGACAACAUUGAGUUCACGAUCCCAGAGCGCUGCUUGGUGGCCGUGGUCGGCCAGGUCGGGUGUGGCAAAUCCUCGCUGCUGUCCGCGCUGCUGGGGGAAAUGGAGAAGCGGGACGGAUAUGCCUCUCUUAAGGGCACCGUCGCCUACGUUCCCCAGCAGGCGUGGAUCCAGAAUGCAACUCUGAAGGAGAACAUCGUGUUUGGGAGGGAGGUGAAGGAGAGCCAGUACAGGCGCGUGAUCGAGGCCUGUGCGCUCCUGCCGGACUUGGAGCUGUUCCCCUCAGGAGACCAGACAGAAAUUGGAGAAAAGGGCGUGAACCUGUCAGGCGGCCAGAAGCAGAGGGUCAGCCUGGCGCGGGCCGUCUGCUCUGACGCCGACAUCUACCUGCUGGACGACCCCCUGUCGGCCGUCGACGCUCACGUCGGGAAGUACAUUUUCGACAAAGUCAUUGGGCCCAAAGGAAUCCUGAAGAACAAGACGCGGAUUCUGGUGACCCACGGCGUCAGCUAUCUGCCCCUGAUGGACACCAUCAUCGUCAUGACGGAAGGCAAGAUCUCGGAGAUGGGCUCUUACCAGGAGCUGCUGAAGCAAGACAGGGCCUUCGCCGAGUUCCUGCGCACAUACGCCAGUGCCGAGCAGAGCGUGGAGAGCGAACAUGCAAACAGCCCGACCACGAAGGAGACAAAGCACAUAGAAAAUGGUAUGCUUGUAAAUGAGACCCCCAGAAAACCAGUAAAGAGGCAGCUCAGCAACUCAUCCACCUACAGCGGCGAAAUGGGGAAGUCCACGCAGCAGAGCGGCACGGCUGAGCCCCCCAAGGCCCCCGCAGAGAAGAGCAGCUGGAAGUUAACCGAAGCCGACACGGCCAAGACAGGGAAGGUGAAGGCGAGCGUCUACCUGGAGUACAUCAGGGCCAUCGGGCUCGGCAUCACCUUCCUGAGCGUCUUCCUCUUCAUUUGCAACCACCUGGCCUCCCUCUGCUCCAACUACUGGCUCAGCCUGUGGACCGACGACCCCGUCGUCAACGGGACGCAGCAGCACACGGACCUCCGGCUGGGCGUGUACGGGGCGCUGGGGAUAUUCCAAGGCGUCGCGGUGUUCGGUUACUCGAUGGCGGUCUCCGUCGGAGGGAUAUAUGCCUCCCGCCGCCUCCACCUGGACUUGCUCUACAACGUCCUCCGCUGCCCGAUCAGCUUCUUCGAGCGAACGCCCAGCGGCAACCUGGUGAACCGGUUCUCCAAGGAAAUGGACACCAUCGACAGCGUCCUGCCGCAGAUCAUCAAGAUGUUCAUGGGCUCGGCCUUCAACGUGCUCGGCGCCUGCGCCGUCAUCCUGGUGGCCACACCGGCCUUCGCCGUGGUUGUACCCCCACUGGGGCUCGUCUACUUCUUCGUGCAGAGGUUCUACGUGGCCACGUCCCGCCAGCUGAAGCGCCUGGAGUCGGUCACCCGCUCUCCAGUCUACUCGCACUUCAACGAGACGCUUCUGGGCGUCAGUGUCAUCCGAGCCUUCCAGGAGCAGAAGCGCUUCAUACGGCAGAGCGACCUGAAGGUGGAUGAGAACCAGAAGGCCUAUUUUCCGAGCAUCGUUGCAAACAGGUGGCUCGCCGUUCGCCUGGAGUACGUGGGGAAUUGCAUCGUCCUCUUCGCCGCGCUCUUCGCCGUGAUCGCUCGCCACAGCCUCAGCCCGGGCCUGGUGGGGCUCUCCGUCUCCUACGCGCUGCAGAUCACCACGUACCUAAACUGGCUGGUGCGCAUGUCCUCCGAGAUGGAAACAAACAUCGUAGCUGUGGAAAGAGUCAAAGAGUACUCCGAAAAGGAGAAAGAGGCGGAGUGGACCAUCAAGGCGAUGGCACCACCCAGCAGCUGGCCGCACAAGGGCCAGGUGGAGUUUCGAGACUACGGCCUGCGCUACCGGGACGACAUGGACCUGGUCCUGCGGAACAUCAGCAUCAGCAUCGACGGCGGGGAGAAGGUGGGCAUUGUUGGAAGAACCGGAGCGGGGAAGUCAUCCCUCACCCUCGGCCUGUUCCGGAUCAAUGAGGCGGCCGAAGGGGAGAUCCUCAUUGAUGGGAUUAAUAUUGCUAAAAUCGGGCUGCACGACCUGCGCUUCAAGGUCACAAUCAUUCCACAGGACCCCAUCUUGUUUUCUGGCUCCCUGCGAAUGAAUCUGGACCCUUUCGACCAAUACUCGGAUGAAGAGGUCUGGAGGUCGCUGGAGCUUUCUCACCUGAAAAGCUUUGUGACCACUCUCCCCAACAAGCUCAACCACGAGUGCGCGGAAGGAGGAGAGAACCUCAGCGUGGGGCAGAGGCAGCUGGUGUGCCUUGCCCGGGCCUUGCUCCGGAAGUCAAAGAUCCUGGUUCUCGAUGAAGCCACGGCGGCGGUCGACCUGGAGACGGACAACCUCAUCCAGUCCACCAUCCGGACGCAGUUCGAGGGAUGCACCGUCCUGACCAUUGCACACCGGCUGAACACAGUUAUGGACUAUGCACGGGUGAUCGUCCUCGAUAGAGGUGGGAUUGUGGAGUGCGGCUCUCCCGCCGCACUGAUCCAGAAGAAAGGCAUGUUCUACAGUAUGGCCAAAGACGCAGGCCUGGUUUAGGGCUCAGGGCGCACCUCCACUUCCCUCAGGGCAAAGCGCAGGGUUGGCGGGCAGGUCGGCGGCGUCCGCACAAGCCCCUCGCUACAACACUCGACCCUCGAGCCACAAGAGGCCACUGAAGCUGAGUCUGAAAUGUGACGGGGAACCGCAACGCACAACCUUCCUCCUGCUCCCAGGUUCUGGGGCUGUUCUGCAAACCUGGAGUCGUGUGCCUCAGCCCAGGUCCAGCCUUUAGAUUUUAUUUAGAUCACCAAAGUCUCGCAAACAGUAGAACCAAACGAUUUUGAGUCCUCUGGAGAAAGGCUCAACUUCUCACUUCUGUUUGAAUCGUGCUGCUGUCUCGUGUUUGUGGGAAGAGUCUCCUGGAAAUGCAGGUUAAUUUCCUGAUAAAGAUCCAGAAUUAUAGCAGCCCGGCCCAGAGCUUCUGUGCAGCCGAUCCGCUGCCAUGUGCUGGAGCCGCAAGGGGGAUUUUCCCGCAUUUGGUCUUGCUUGUAUUUCCUGGAUAUUAGCUUGCAAAAAGCUAAUCCAGACCCCAAAGAAUUCUGAUGGUUUGUCGUGGAGAUAGAGGGCAGGGGACGUGGAUGGAUAACCACAGGAAGGCUGCCUGUACUCUGGCAUUUUUUGAUUCUGCGGUUGGAAGCAUCACCCCUCGAAGCUGCUCUCGGCUCUAACACUGGCCAGCAAAAUUCGGUGGGGUCUUCCUGCUUGUUCACAUCUCCUGCAGCCGCUUCUCAGCCUUUCUUGCCUGGGAAUGAGCAGCAGCAGCAACAGUUUUGUGUUCUCUGUGGUCUCCUUUACUGGAGGAAAAUUGAGUAUCAGGGUUCUAAAUGCUCUCCGAGAAGUUGGACCUGUGGAUUUUGAAUUACGUUGCUGACCUUUUUGUAUAUAUAACCUAGACAUGCAUCUUUUCCUAGAAUAAAGUUAUUUAUUUUAUUUUAUUGUAAAUACUGUUAUUUGGGGCCUAAAUAGACUGAUAUUUACUUUGGUAUUUUUGUAAUGACUCAUGGGGAAAGCUUUCAGUAAAUUUUCUUUGUUUGGA